AAGUUAUGUAUUUUAUUUUCCUUGACCGUAGACAAAGGCUGUUAAAAAGCACAAACAUAUAUUUUAGGUUCCUGUUUCGGGGGGAGUGGUGGAGAAUAUUUUGUUUGAAGACGGAAGAAAUACCUGUAACUACAGAACUAAAAAUGUGGCAAAAGAUUUCGUUAAAAACUUACAUGGCAGCAACAGUGGGUGUUUCAAAAUCAUUAUCAAGCAUAGCGCAGCCUUCAAAACAAAUGUUUGAAGCUUUUGAAAAAAUUGUUGGAUCCAAAAAUAUAAGUAAAGCUCCAUCUACUUUGGAACAACAUUCCCAUGAUGAAUCGUAUCACAGGAGAAAACUGCCUGAUAUUGUUGUAUGGCCUGCAAAUGCCAACCAAGUCAGCGAUCUCGCAAGAUUUUGCACUGCUGAACGAAUACCAAUGAUUCCAUAUGGUACUGGAACUGGACUUGAGGGUGGAGUGGCACCAACUUCUGGUGGCGUUUGUGUCAACUUGAUGAAAAUGGAUGAAAUAAUUGAUGUCAACAUUGAGGAUUUUGAUGUGACUGUCCAACCUGGUGUGACACGCCUGGGCCUCAAUCAGCAUCUUCGAGACAGUGGAAUGUGGUUUCCAGUGGAUCCAGGGGCAGAUGCUUCUCUAUGUGGGAUGGCUGCAACUAGUGCAUCAGGCACUAAUGCUGUGAGAUAUGGAACAAUGAAAGAAAAUAUACUAAAUUUACAAGUUGUUUUACCUGAUGGGAAAAUUAUUCAUACUGCUGGUGAGAGAAGAAGAUUCAAAAAAAGUGCAGCUGGAUACAAUCUGACAAAUCUUUUUGUUGGAUCAGAGGGAACACUGGGUUUUAUAACUUCAGCAACACUGAGAUUACAUCCUGUACCUGAUUCUAUUCUAUCAGCUGUAUGUGCAUUUGAAUCUGUAGAGGAUGCAGUUCUUUGUUCAACAAACGUCAUCCAAUGUGGAAUACCAAUUGCAAGGAUAGAAUUUCUCGAUACGAAUAUGAUCAAAGCAUGCAAUAAAUUUAGUCAUUUAUCAUAUCCAGUGAAGCCAUCACUUUUUCUUGAGUUUCAUGGUACUGAAAAAGGCGCUCGUGAGCAAGUUGAUAUGACAGCUGACAUCGUUAAAGCAAAUAAAGGCUCAAACUUCAGUUGGGCUGAAAGUCAGGAAGAAAGAAAUAAAUUAUGGAAAGCUCGACAUGAUAUUUUGUAUGCAAUGAUUGCAUUAGUACCAGGAUGUAAGGCUUACUCAACAGAUGUUUGUGUACCAAUAUCGUGCCUCCCUGAAGCAGUUAUAUUUUCCUCCGAAUUGAUAGCAAGCAGUGGUCUAACUGCAGGAAUAGUUGGUCAUGUAGGAGAUGGAAAUUUUCAUUGUUUGAUAUGCAUCGAUCCGGAUUCACAAGCAGAACAAGAGUUAGUUGUAAAAAUCACUAAUGAGAUUGCACAGAAAGCAUUAUCCAUGGGAGGAACCUGCACUGGAGAGCAUGGAAUUGGACUAGGAAAAAAGAAAUUGCUGGUGAAAGAGGUUGGAGAUGAAGGGAUAAAUGUGAUGAGAACUAUAAAGACAGCUUUUGAUCCACUUGGCAUAAUGAAUCCUGGAAAAGUGUUAUGA